GAUGAUCAACCUUGACGAGAGCUGGGGUACCGCGCUCUAACAAAGUAAUGUCCUAUCCUGGAAGUUUGAGUGUACAGCGAGGCCUCCAACAACUCCACUCGCCUUGGCAGCUACUGACGCACAAGUGGUAGAGGAUCGGACUCUAGUAUAUAUAAUGCGAUGUUCUGCACCAACAAGAGAGCGCUAAACACCUUCACUACUAUCGAUCACCAUGCAACCAAGACUCAUCUUUUACAGUGCCGCGGCGGCGCUCAUGCACCGUAGCUUUGGCUCCCCUCUCAGCACAAGACAAAGCAAUGUCACUUCUGUGUCCAGUUUCGACGAACUUACACCGAGUGCGGAUCUAGUCUGGACACCAUGCUUCGAAAACUUUACAUGCUCCCUGCUUGAGGUACCACUUGACUACAGUAACGAGUCUGUCGGCACUGUCAACUUGGCGAUCAUCAAACGGCCUGGGGAUAGCGAAGAUGCACAGGAAGUUUUGCUCAAUUCUGGAGGUCCUGGUGGCUCCUCCGUCGGUAUGGUCAUUUCAGACUCUGAAGCUGUCCAAGACAAAAUUGGAACUCAGUACUCGCUCGUUGGUAUCGAUCCUCGAGGUGUCGCCAACAGUGGCCCUUCCAGCGACUGCUUCCCUGAAUACUCCUACAUAACGCGCAACUCCUUCUUGGCUGAGAUCUACACGCCGGUGGACAUUACAUCCGACUACGCACUACGACAAAACCACGAGUACAUGCGCGGCUACGGCAAGUGGUGUUCAAGUGUCUACGCUGUCAAUGGUACAGCAAGAUACGCCAGUACUGUCGCUACCGCGCAAGAUAUGCUUCACUAUAUCGAGCUUCGCGCGAAGAGUAAAGGCGAACCACCUGAAGAGGCAAAGCUAUGGUAUUACGGUAUCAGCUACGGUACCAUUCUUGGCGGUACUUUUGCCAGUCUGUAUCCUGAUCGAAUCGGACGCAUGAUCAUCGACGGUGUUAUGGAACUGGAAGAUCACUACAACGGCGGUUGGGAAAAGUCCAUCGUCGACAACGACGAAGCUUCACGCUACUUCUUCAAGCGAUGCUUCGAGGCUGGCCCAACACUUUGCCAGUUCCACCAGAACGCCACAUCCUGGGAGGAGCUUGAGCAACGCUAUACUGAUAUGUUGCAUGCUCUUAUGAAUUCACCAAUCGCAGUCGGUGACCUUGGCCUUGCUGAACAAGGUGUGGACCUUGGUGUCGUACUUACGCCAACUCUCUUCAAAUGGCAGGACCUUGUCAGCUACAUGUUUGCAACAGCAUACCUUCUAUCCCCAUCAGCAUUCUCAGAGUUGGACGCAAUCCUCAUGGAACUACAAACUGGAGUAAUUCAACUAGCCGCCGUAGUACCAGUCAGAUCGCAGAUCGCUACCACGUUCCCUGGAUACGACCAGCGCAUGGCUCGAUCUCUUGUCAACUGCUUGGAUGCCAAUCGUCGCUUCAACACCUCGGAAUUCCCACAAUACAAGUCGUUCGUGGAACAACUGCAUAACAUCAGCGUGUAUGGCGGGCUCAAUACGGUCUACCAGAGUGGUCCGAUUUGCAGCCACUUGGACGUCGCCCCACCAGACAGCCAGACUUUUGACGGUGUUACAAGAGUUCCUUCGACAAGCGCUCCGAUCCUUCUUGUCAGCAUGUUACACGAUCCCGUCACGCCACUUCCAGCUGCUAGGAAGAUGCAAUCGUUAUUUCCAGGCUCGGGACUUCUGGUGGGAAACAACAGCGGCCACUGUGCACACUUCCAAAAGUCAGAGUGUUUGUCCACAUACGAGAAACAGUACAUGCUCGACGGUACACUACCACCACCAGACACAACCUGCGAGGUCGACCAGCCAAACCCUUUCAUUGCUGUUGCAGAGCAAGGUAACGCUACUACAGGCUCUUCCUAGACUUCUAUGUAU